AUGUGUCCCACAGUCGACGACGGCGCUCCUGCCACCAACGGCGUUCAAGCCAAUGGCUGUAAGCAACUGAAAUCCCUUGCAAACCAUCCUUUUCCUAACACGGUGCAACAGNCUCACGAUGGCUUCACCAAGUUCGAGAGCGACUUCGAGAAGAAGGGCAAGCCCCACACCGUCAACAAGAACCCCUACCAACCCGUAGGCGACUUCCUGUCCAACGUGUCCAACUUCAAGAUCAUCGAGUCGACGCUGCGUGAGGGCGAGCAGUUUGCCAAUGCCUACUUUGACACCGAGACCAAGAUCAAGAUCGCCAAGGCUCUGGACGAGUUUGGUGUUGACUGCAUCGAGCUCACCUCGCCGUGUGCCUCGGAGCAGUCGCGCCUCGACUGCGAGGCCAUCUGCAAGCUCGGUCUCAAGGCUAAGAUCCUGACCCACGUCCGCUGCCACAUGGACGAUGUCAAGGUUGCCGUCGAGACUGGUGUCGACGGUGUCGACGUCGUCAUUGGCACCAGCUCUUUCCUGAGAGAGCACUCGCACGGCAAGGACAUGACCUACAUCAAGGUACGAGUCACUGUCAAAGUCACAAUUCCUCCUUCAGACACUAACUCAGCCUUCAGANAUGCCGCCAUCGAGGUCAUUCAGUUCGUCAAGUCCAAGGGUCUCGAAAUCAGAUUCUCGUCAGAGGAUUCUUUCAGAUCCGACUUGGUCGAUCUUCUCUCGCUCUACGCUGCCGUCGACAAGGUCGGUGUCAACAGAGUCGGUAUCGCUGACACCGUCGGCUGUGCUUCCNCCAGACAGGUCUACGACCUCGUGAGAACUCUCCGCGGUGUCGUCAGCUGCGACAUCGAGUGCCAUUUCCACAACGACUCUGGCUGUGCCAUUGCCAACGCAUACUGUGCCNUCGAGGCCGGUGCCACUCACAUUGACACCUCGGUCAUCGGUAUCGGUGAGCGCAACGGUAUCACCCCUCUGGGUGGUCUCAUGGCCCGCAUGAUCGUCGCCGACCGCGACUACGUCAAGGGCAAGUACGACCUGCACAAGCUCAAGGCCAUUGAGGACUUGGUCGCCGACUCGGUCGAGAUCAACAUUCCCUUCAACAACUACAUUACCGGUUUCUCGGCCUUCACCCACAAGGCUGGUAUCCACGCCAAGGCCAUUCUCGCCAACCCUUCCACUUACGAGAUCAUUGACCCUGCCGACUUCGGCAUGAAGCGCUACGUCCACUUCGCCUCCCGCCUGACCGGCUGGAACGCCAUCAAGUCGCGUGUCGAGCAACUCUCCCUCACAAUGACCGACGCCCAGGUCAAGCUCUGCACAGCCAAGAUCAAGGCCCUCGCCGACGUCCGCCCCAUCGCCAUUGACGACGCCGACUCCAUCAUCCGUACCUUCUACAGCAACCUGCACAAGGAGACCGAAGACNCCCUCCUGCCCAACAUGACCGAAGAGGAGAAGAAGAAGUUCGAGCAGAAGCAAAGGGAACUCAACGGCGUCGCCGAAAAGCGCGAGCUUGAAGACCAGGUCGAUCAAGAGGCCGAGGUUCCUCAGGCCAAGAAGACCAAGACUGAGGCUGGUGCAUAG